GGUUCAUAGUCUGUGGUAUUCGCCAUUUUGUUUGAAAAUACUUGCUUGCCGAUGCUGCUGCUUGUGUUCUGUCAAAGGAGGCUGUAGAGAAUGGGAAAUCUGCGUUUAAUUCCGAGACUGUUAUUAAUAUUGUGGAAAUGAAGUGAACAUGAUUGAUACAAAAAACUAAAGUACUAAUCGGCGUAACCUAACAGUUGCCACAAAAUUAUUUUUCAUACCUAGUUGUAAAUUGAAUUCCUUUGGUAAUUAAUUGACAAUAUUUUCUUACAUUGUGUCAAGUGUUUUAAUUUAACAAACGCGCGGUAUGAGUUCAAGACAUCGUGACCGUAGCCGUUCAAGAUCUCGCGACCGCGAGAGAGACAGGCACAAGGAGAGAGAUCGUGAUAAGAACAGGGAUCGAGAUCGUGAUAAGGAAAGGGAGCGGGACCGAGACCGGGACAGGGACCGGGACCGCGACCGCGACCGUGAUCGGGACCGGGACCGCGACCGGGACCGUGACAGGGACAGGGACCGUGAUCGGGACCGCCAUCGCUCCAAGAGGGACAAGGAGCGAGAGCGCAGCCGCAGCCGCGACCGGCACAAGGAGAAGCGCCGCAGUCGCAGCCGCUCGCGCUCCAGGAGCCGCAGCCGCAGUCGCAAGUCUAAGGACAGGGACGGCACCAUUGCGCUGCUGGACCAGAUGGUGGGCACGACCACCAAGGCCACGGCGCGGCAGGUGAGCAGCAACGGCGCGCUCAACCCCGCCGCGCACGCCGCCAUCCUCGCCGCCGCCGCCGUCGCGCAGACGUUUGUGGCGCAGCGGCGCAUGGCGGCGCCCGUGCAGCCCGCCGCCGCCGCCGCCGCCGCGCUGUCGGCCGCCACGGCCAUCCCGCCGCCCACCUCCGUGCAGCAGAAGCUGGAGCUGCUGCAGGCGCGCUCCGACUCGCGCUACCGCCCCGAGCGCCACCACGACUACCAUCCCGACGACGACCACGACGACGGCCUCGGCCCGGCGGGCGAGACGGCGGCGGAGCGGCGGGCGCGGCGGCGCCGCACGCGCUGGAUGGGCUCGGAGCACGACAAGACCUUCAUCCCCGGCCUGCCCACCGUGCUGCCGUCCACGCUCACGCGCGACCAGGAGGAGCAGUACCUGCUGCAGCUGCAGAUCGAGGAGGUGUCGCGCAAGCUGCGCUCGGGCGACCUCGGCAUCCCCGCCAACAUCGACGAGAGGUCGCCGUCGCCCGAGCCCAUCUACUCCACGGACGGCAAGCGCCUCAACACGCGCGAGUACCGCACGCGCCGCAAGCUGGAGGAGGAGCGGCAUCGCCUCGUCACGCGCAUGCACCAGAUCAACCCCGACUUCAAGCCGCCGCCUGACUACAAGCCGCCCAUCAUCCGCGUGCACGACAAGGUGAUGAUCCCGCAGGAGGAGCACCCCGACAUCAACUUCGUGGGGCUGCUCAUCGGCCCGCGCGGAAACACGCUCAAAGCGAUGGAGAAGGAGACGGGCGCUAAGAUCAUCAUCCGCGGCAAGGGCUCGGUGAAGGAGGGCAAGGUGGGCCGCAAGGACGGCCAGCCGCUGCCGGGCGAGGACGAGCCGCUGCACGCCUACAUCACCGCCACCAACGCCGACUGCGUCAAGAAGGCCGUCGAGAAGAUCAAGGAGGUGAUCCGGCAGGGCGUGGAGGUGCCGGAGGGACAGAACGACCUGCGCCGCAUGCAGCUGCGCGAGCUGGCGCAGCUCAACGGCACUCUGCGCGAGAACGACGCCGUGCGCUGCGCCAACUGCUCCGCCACCGACCACAAGACCUGGCUCUGCCCCGACAAGCCCAACGUGACCAACAGCAUCGUGUGCUCGUCGUGCGGCGGCGCCGGCCACAUCGCGCGGGACUGCCGCGCCAAGCGCCCCGGCCAGGCCGCGCUGCACAACGCGCCCAACAAGGCUAAGAUCGACGAGGAGUACAUGUCGCUGAUGGCGGAGCUGGGCGAGGCGGCGCCGGGCGGCGCGGCGCGGCGGCUGGCGGCGCUGUGCCCGCCGGCGCUGUGCCCGCCGGCGCUGUGCCCGCCGCCGCCCGCCCGCGCCAUCAUGCCGCCGCCGCACCCAGUCACGCGUGUGUCUGCAGGCGAGCUGCCCGUGUCGCUGCCGCCGCCGCCCGGCGCCUUCCCGCCGCCGCCGCCGCCGCCCAGCACGCAGCCCGCGCCCUGGCUGGGUCAGUACACCCAGAUACAUAUCGUCACAUCGUCAUGCGAGCUUAAUAUUGACGCGUUCAUCGCGCCAUUCAAAAAUACAUCUCUACUUUAACAAUGGAGAGUCAUUUCGUGUAGAGUUAUAACAUUUUCUACAAUCAUGCAUCAACCAUUUAAUGUUCGUUGUGUGUCAGGAGGCGCGGGUUCGCAGCCGCCGGUGCCGGGCGGGCCGGGCUACCCGCCGGGGCCGGGCGGGCCGGGCUACCCGCCGCCGCCGCCGCCGGCGCCGCUGCUGCCCGACGCCAAGCCGCCCGCGCCGCACCUGCCGCCGCCGCCGCCCGGCAUGAUGGGCAUGGGGUGGCGCGGCGGCUUCAACCCGCCGCCGUGGGGGGCGCCGCCGCCGCCCGCCUUCCUGGCGCCGCCCCCGCCGCCGCCGCCCGUCUCCGGCGACUAGCGAGCCGCCGCCGCCGCCGCCGCCCGUCUCCGGCGACUAGCGAGCCGCCGCCGCCGCCGCCCGUCUCCGGCGACUAGCGAGCCGCCGCCGCCGCCGCCCGUCUCCGGCGACUAGCGAGCCGCCACACGCGCUAUCUACGCUGUAGAUGUUGACGAUGCAAUUAUUUUGAUCGACCAGAUUUAUUUGAUUUGUAAUAUAAUGAAAUUUAAUAAUUGAA